GUGCCGUCGUCGCUGCGAUCUGACCAAAAUCAAAAGUGUUACGAUUCGGUAUCAUCGUCUCUCUCAUUUGUGAUUUUGUCAAACCCUGCUCUCUUUUCUCCAAGUGCUCUCAUGGUGCUUCCGCUCUUCCGGCGCGCUGCGAUCGCCCGGACUUCCUCGCUUCUCAGAGCUCGUCUUUUCGCUCCUGCCUCCGAAUUCCAUUCUCGCUUUUCUAAUGGACUAUACCACUUGGACGACAAAAUUAGUAGCAGUAAUGGUGUGAGGUCUGCCUCUAUAGACUUGAUUACAAGAAUGGAUGAUAGUUCUCCAAAGCCCAUUCUGCGAUUUGGCGUGCAAAACUUUUCAUCUACAGCCAUAAGACUUACCAACACAGAUGUUAAGUGGGUGAUAAGAAUAAUUAAUGGAAACUUUCGCUUAACUUGUAGAAAAAUAGAAAUGUUAAUUGAUGCAGGUGCAAAAACUUCCAUAUCACUCUUUUCUCUGAUGUUUGUGCUUCCAUCAUACCUUAGAUACAGCGACAGGAGAUGCAAUCAAUUAUACAAGAUUCUUCCAUUAAAUUAUUAUUUUCUUUGGGUUGUAGGACCCAUAUCACAGACGGUUCUUGCAAUGCCAGCCUUGUCUCCUACUAUGAGUCAUGGAAAUGUUGUAAAAUGGAUGAAGAAAGAAGGUGACAAGGUAGAGGUGGGUGAUGUACUAUGUGAGAUAGAGACAGACAAAGCCACUGUAGAAUUUGAGAGUCAAGAGGAAGGAUUUCUGGCCAAGAUUUUAGUCACUGAAGGAUCAAAGGAUAUCCCUGUUAAUGAACCGAUUGCAAUAAUGGUUGAGGAGGAAGACGACAUUAAAAACGUUCCUGCUACCAUAGAGGGUGGACGAGAUGGUAAAGAGGAAACAUCAGCUCAUCAAGUGAUGAAACCUGACGAAAGCACACAACAAAAAAGUUCCAUUCAGCCCGAUGCAUCAGAUCUUCCCCCACAUGUCGUCUUAGAAAUGCCAGCACUUUCUCCUACAAUGAACCAAGGUAAUAUUGCCAAAUGGUGGAAAAAAGAGGGUGACAAGAUUGAAGUGGGUGAUGUCAUAGGUGAGAUCGAGACUGACAAAGCCACUCUGGAAUUUGAAAGCCUUGAAGAGGGGUACUUAGCUAAGAUUCUAAUUCCUGAAGGUUCCAAGGAUGUGGCGGUGGGAAAGCCGAUUGCCCUAAUAGUUGAAGAUGCUGAAAGUAUUGAAGCCAUCAAGUCUUCUUCCGCAGGUAGUUCUGAGGUUGAUACAGUUAAAGAAGUCCCUGACAGUGUUGUAGAUAAACCUACAGAGAGGAAAGCAGGCUUCACAAAGAUCAGUCCUGCUGCAAAGCUAUUGAUUUUAGAACAUGGAUUGGAGGCAUCAUCAAUUGAGGCAUCGGGUCCCUAUGGUACAUUAUUGAAAUCAGACGUUGUGGCCGCAAUUGCUUCUGGAAAAGCUUCUAAAUCAUCUGCGUCUACGAAGAAGAAGCAACCAUCAAAGGAGACCCCGUCUAAAUCCUCCUCCACAUCGAAGCCUUCUGUGACACAGUCAGAUAAUAAUUAUGAAGAUUUUCCAAAUAGUCAAAUUCGCAAGAUUAUAGCAAAACGUUUAUUGGAAUCAAAACAGAAGAUACCCCAUUUGUAUUUACAAUCAGAUGUUGUAUUGGAUCCUCUUCUUGCAUUUAGAAAAGAACUUCAAGAAAACCAUGGCGUUAAAGUGUCUGUCAAUGACAUAGUUAUUAAAGCAGUGGCAGUCGCACUGAGGAAUGUACGACAAGCUAAUGCUUUCUGGGAUGCUGAGAAAGGAGAUAUCGUUAUGUGUGACAGUGUUGACAUAUCAAUUGCAGUUGCAACUGAGAAGGGCUUAAUGACUCCAAUUAUCAAGAAUGCAGACCAGAAAUCUAUUUCUGCUAUUUCCUUAGAGGUUAAGGAGCUGGCACAAAAGGCUCGAUCUGGAAAGCUUGCUCCUCAUGAGUUUCAAGGAGGGACAUUCAGCAUAUCAAAUCUAGGAAUGUAUCCUGUGGAUAAUUUCUGCGCAAUCAUUAACCCCCCUCAGGCUGGGAUUCUAGCAGUUGGUAGAGGAAACAAAGUGGUUGAGCCAGUUAUUGGACUAGAUGGAAUUGAGAAGCCUUCUGUUGUGACAAAAAUGAAUGUAACGUUAUCCGCUGAUCAUCGGAUCUUUGAUGGACAAGUUGGAGCUUCGUUUAUGUCUGAAUUGCGUUCAAACUUUGAGGAUGUUCGAAGACUUCUUCUGUGAGAAAGAUCCAACUGUUUACCAAAUGAAUCUUGGAUUACUACAUAAUAAACCUCGGACCAACCCACGUGCACAUCCAGAACCAGAACUGCUGGUCUACAUUGUUAACUCUGAUCACAUGUUUCAUUUUUUUCCAUUUGGUUCAUAUACUUACCAAAAUUUGUUUUGGUCUUUAACAAUUCGUCUUAUAGAUUGGUAACUUCCUGAGGUAUUUUUUGUCUGGUCUGUCCUCUGCAAAAUAAAUAAUUUCAGCUGUCAAUCCGCAACUGGUGAAAUAAUUUAAAAAGUAUUUUACCCUC